CUGCCACCAAGAAGCCAGCCCGGCCUACGAGUAAGUACUCUUGGUCGCCCAGCCCGCUUUCGACUCGACUCCUGUUGUGUGUUGCAUGUUGCGUGGUGCGUGUGUACGUGUGUGUGUGUGUGUGUUGUAUGUAUGUAUAUGUGCGAAUGCGAAUGCCUGUGUAUAUUCGUGGGUGGUGUGUAGCUUGAGGUACGUACAGCCUGCCUGUACCUACCUACCUACCGCCUAUGCCCAUCCACCACCGCUGCCGUUCUCGUCCGCCAUCCACUCAUCCCUCCCUCCACCGUCACCCGUCCACCUCCAUCUCCAUCCCACCCGAGUCGGUUGUUGUCGUUGUCGGUCCACCUCACAACAACAACGGCAGCAUAACGGUAAGUCAAGGGAACAACCCCGACAGCAUCAGCAGCAUCGAGCGCCUGCUGCCUGCGACAGAUACGACAAGACGAGAAUUGCGAACGAGGAGCGGACGAAGAUAGCCUGCCACCUAACCCGACGGUUAUUCCAACCUCCCACAUCUCGCCCUCCUCGCGACCGGCUCUCUCACCUACACUUCCCCCAUACGCCUAGACGGUUACGGAAAUCGGACGUAGGAACGCACCCACUACGCUACACACCACCUUGGAUUCGAUCAACACCAUUUUCCCACGCCGCUCACUGCUUUACCACCACUUGGUUUCUACCGCACAACAACCACCACAACAACGAUCCUUACCGUUUGUUCUCCUUUGUCACGAUACGACCCUGUUUACCUUCUCAUUCUAGAACGCCGGCACGAUUCAUCUGAAAUAAAGAGAAGAAGAAGAAAGGAAAAAAAAAAAAAGGAAGAAAGGCGGGAAAAGAAGCAGUAUCGCAGAGUUUAGCACAGGUUGCCUAUCGAUUGCAUCCUGCCGAAAGAGAAGGCGAUUCAGAAAAUACCCAUAAGCUACUUA